UGCCCAGCUCCUGAAGCAGUGAGGAGCUACCGAGCAAAGGUCCUUGCUGGCCCCAGCACGGGGCACCCUGUGACCUGAGCCCAGUGCCAAGGAGCCAUGGCGGGAGGAGAGGCCCUAGAGCAGACAACUGACGAGACCCCGCGGCUGGAGCCAAAGCUGGACAAUUCAGACUGGAAAGAAGGGGCAGAUUUUGAACCGGGAGGGGAAUUAACAUUGGAGCAGCUGCCCCAGGGCCAGGGCAGAUUCUCCAUCACAUGCCCGCUUGUCCUUCCAAAUCUAGCGCAGCCGGACGUGACGGGCUUGAGUGAGUUUCUAGGCCUGCGGGCCACAGGAGGUCAGAGAGAGCAUGGGCCAGUGCCCAGAGCAAAAGACUAGCACUCUGCAGACUGGGGUUAUUACCCACUCAGCACCUGGCCUGGCACUUCCCUGUCUCAGUUUCCCCAGCUAGCUAAUGAGAUUGGCCUCAAUUUGCGGAUCUACGACGGAAAAAGCGACUUAAGAGUGAGGUGCUGGAAGAUGGGCUGCUUCUCCUUCCUGAAGAUGAUGAUGUUUGUGUUCAACGGCGUUAUAUUUCUGAGCGGCUUGGCCGUGCUGGGCAUCGGCAUCUGGGUGAAGGUGGAUGGAGGCUCCUUCGUGCAGAUCCUGGGGGCCGCCGCGCCCCAGCUGAUGCAGCUGAUCAACGUGGGGUACCUGUGCAUCGCUGUCGGCACCUUCCUGCUACUCAUGGGCUUCCUGGGCUGCUGCGGGGCCAUGAAGGAGAGCAAGUGCAUGCUGCUGCUGUUCUUUGUCAUUAUCCUGAUUCUCUUCAUCGCGGAGGUCGCGGGGGCCGUCGUCGUCCUCGCCUUCUCUUCCGUGGCUGAUAUAUUCAUUGAGCACCUGAAAAACUGGGCUGUGAAAACUUUACGAGAGGAUUACGGGAGGCAGGACGACGUGACUGCAAUCUGGGACACAACCAUGAAGGAGCUGAAGUGCUGUGGCUUCAACAACUACAAGGAUUUCAACAGCUCCUACUUCUACCAAACUCACAGCCAGACUUAUCCCACGGGCUGCUGCCUGCCGCCCAAGCAUGAGUGCCUGGAAUCUGAACUGGACAGCACCAAGCAGGGCUGCUUGCAUGCGUUCCAGACCUUCCUGAGCAGGAACGGGAGGAUCGUUGGAGGGGUGGCGUUAGGAAUCGGUGUGCUCCAGCUGGCCGCAAUGGCCGUUUCCCUGGUUCUGUAUUGUCAGAUCAGUACGAACGGCUGAAAAACAAGAUUUCCAGCGGAAACACAAAAUGCCUCUCCUGCCGUCCAUAACUCCUCCUGCCUUUGCAUCUUCCUGAGGUUCACUGCGAGAGAAACCUAACUUUUCUUAUCAAUCACUAAUCACUAAUGUUUCCUGUUAAUCUGUAAACGCGCUGAGCGAUCAGAUGGCGGCGACGUCAAUGAGACUACAGUGAAAAGUGGGAUGGUAUCUUUUCCAUGCUAUUUUUUGUGUCUGUUUCAAUGAUAAAUUCGAUCUGAUUUGUUUUUCUUGUGGGCGCAACAAGAAAUUAGCUUAAAGGUGGCAGUCUAAACGUCUAAAAGCGGAGAAUGAAACCAACAUGCCCCCUACCUCGUGUUAUUGUAGACCCUACCCAAAACACGCACUGACUGAGGAUCAUUUAUGUAGCUCUUACAGUACUUCCUUUCAUUUGUCACACGCUUUGAGCUGUGACCCAGUGAGCCAUCGUACUCUCAUUGCGUCUGAGUUGCAAUGAAAAGGGCAGGUCACCCCUUUCAGAGUGACCGAUUCAGGCUCUCUGCAAACUCAGGCAGAUGUCACUGCAUCGGUUACUUCACAUUUUGAAGGUUUUCUUUGCAGCCGUAACAGCUAGAGCCUGGCUCCCUCCCCACUUCUUUUAGUGAAAGCAGAGACUUGGGGGAAUCAUUACGAAUUCCAUUCAUCCCUCUGUGCUCACUACAGCUUUAAACAUGCCCGACAAUCUGAGAAACACUGAAACGAUGCACUUUUACUGAUGUAGCACAUCAUGAACUUGAAUUCGAAUGAAAUAUUUCAUGUCCCUUUUUCCUCCCCCCUUGUGUGUGUUUGGAAAAGAUCCAGUCAACAAUGUGUCAUUGGUUUUCUGCACCCGACAAUGUUUUCUCUGCCAAUGUCUUGUGUUUGUAUCAAUUAAAUAUCCCUGAUCUUUCUAUGCAGA